GUAUUUUGAAGUGGAGCUGCCAAGGACUAGUGGACUCCCUAACACCUCCAUGUUUGUCUCCAAGGAGUGGUGUGUUGGACGGACGGUUGAUUAUAUUGCUCAGAGAUUCAAACUAAAGAACGACAGUCACAAAGCACAUGCUCAAGUAAGUGAGACCACUAAUACACUAACUGUUUGAGUGGCUCCUCUACAGAAGCUGUGUCUGUAUUGUGAGGGUGCAGUACUGGGCAUGUCUGAUAAGCUACAGGACCUUAUACACACUGUCAUCACCAUGGGAACUACACUUACACUAGAAUAUGAAUGCAAAUGAUAUCAAUAAAUUUUGUUUGUGAAAGUGGGUGGGGCUGCUGACAUUACAGGAAGUGUCUUCCAUGAGGUGAGUUCAGAGAUACUAGCUAGAGAAGUGUGUACAUAAGAGAAGUGUGUAUGAUACAUGUGAUCUGUAUAUCAGUGUCUAGAUAGCCAAUGUGUGUGUGUAUAUUGCUCACUGUCCUUACUCCUGCAGACAAUGUUGAAAGCUGUUCGCUCCUUUCUUGGUCGACUACCAGUUGAACCAUCACCUCGUUGGGGUCAAUUCUCUGCAGUUGACGGACACCAUUACCUGUGGAGGGGGGCUGGUCCAGGACGAGGGUCUAACAUCAUUGCUGUGUAUGAUCCAAACACUGAGCUGUGGAGCCUCUUGCCCACCACUGGACCUCUACCCCCUGGAGAGUAUGAUGGUUGCUCUGUUUGUGUAGGUCGUUGCCUGUACACCUUUGGUGGUUGGGGUGGGUCUUCUUUCUUCAAUGACAUGAGCAAGCUUGAUCUGGACACUCUCCAGUGGACUAAAGUUCAAACUUCUGGUAGUAAGCCUAUGAAAAAGGGUGGUUGUGGACUUGUCCGUGUGAAUGAGAGAACUCUGUGCUGCUUUGGAGGAGGAGGUAUUAAGGGCACCACACAACCAGGAUCAACAUUCACCAAGACUGGACUGUCUGAUGGAAGGGGAUGGACAAACGAGUUCCAUUUCUUUGACACACAAAAUGGUGUCUGGUCGUCCCCUGAGCUCAGAGGAGAGAGACCUUCUCCCUGUAGUACCUUCACCUUCACCAUGGUAGACCAGCACAGGGCAGUCCUCUUUGGAGGCUACCAACCUGGCAGUAGUAGGGUCAAUGAUGUCUACCAGUUCAAUUUCAGCACCAUGGAGGUCACUAAGGUGAAGCCAGUACAGGGAAAACCAUGGCCAGUGGAGAGGUCAUCCCAUGCUGCCUGUUGUCUCAACUAUGGCCAGGACCACCCUCAACUACUGGUGUACGGAGGAGUGGAUAAUGGCAGGAAGACACUGGGGGACAUGUGGAUACUGGAUGUAGACACUGUCCAGUGGACAGAGGUGACACCUCCUGAGUCAAUGACACCAUGUUACAACCACUCCAUCACUGCCACCAGUCUGGGACCAGGACUCACUGAGGUCCUCGUGUUUGGAGGCCAGCAGAAGUGGGGGCGAGAUCCCAUUGCUGAGACCACCAUACUGAGAUUUGAGUUGACUGGACCCUCAGCUUCUGUUGCUGGACCCUCGGCUGGGAAGUGGGCUCUCGUGGAUGUGGCCCACAACGACACUAGAGGCUCCGCCCAGCGACUGAGUGAGAAGAAGAUCAGACAAGCAACUGCUCGUGCCUCAUCAGUCAGUGAGACCAGCGACCACUCCUCUCAAGACCGGGUGAGGGCUCUGGAACAACAGUUACGAGCAGAGCAGAGAGAGCACGACACUCAACGUCACCACCAACUACAGUUGCAAGAGAAAGAUCGAGAAUUAGCUACACAAGCUAGAGAAUUGACCGAGGCCAACCGUCGCCAUGGAGAUGCGGAGGAAAGAGCACAGUUGGCAGAGCAAAGAGAGCAAGCUACACAAUUACUUUUACAAGUGAAAGAUCGAGAAUUGGCUGAGGCCAACAGAAGAGAAGCUGACCUGUCUGCUCGAAUCACAGCUCUAGAGAGGGAGUUAGAAGGCAAGACGAAAGAGUUGGCAGCACACAACACAGAGGUGUGGAGGAUUCCGGCCAACAGAGUGAUCAUUGGCAGGAGGAUUGGCAAAGGAGGGUGGGGGGAGGUGCUGGAGGGAACAGUGAGCGUGGCCGUCAAGCGACUACACGAAGAAAUUGCUCUCCCAAUCUACAUUGAGAAAAUGGAGAGAGAAAUGAGACUAUUGGCUGAAGUGCGACACCCAAACCUUGUGCAAUUCAUUGGUGCUAUUUUUGAUGAGCAAAACCAAGCCAAUCGAUCCCCUCCUCUCAUCAUCACCGAGCUUCUGGACAUGAAUCUCUGACAAGCGUACGAGAGGAAUCAACUGGACCCAGGAAACCGCCUCUCGAUCUUCAUGGACAUUGCCCUAGCUCUGAACUACCUGCACCAGCGCUACGAUCCCAUCAUCCACCGUGAUGUGAGUGCUCCAAACGUCCUCCUCCAGCGAAUGCCCAACCACCAGUGGAAGGGGAAGGUCUCUGACCUCGGGUCAGCCAACUUCCUGCAGCAUGCUCAUACAAUGGGAGAGGGGGCCAUAAUCUACUCCCCUCCUGAAGUCAUCCCUCAAGCCGCAGAUCCGUUUAAUCCACCUCCAAGACAGUCUGUCAAGAUCGAUGUGUACAGCUAUGGUAUUGUCCUCUGUGAGGUGACCGCUAGUCGAUUCCCAAGUGCUGAACAUUAUCGAGACAUGAUUCUCCAAGUACAGAGGCAGCGUCCUGCAGUGUACGAGCUGAUACUCCACUGCACUAAGAGAGAGCCCAGCCAUCGACCCAGCAUGGCACAGGUGAUGGUGGAACUCAACAAAAUAGCACCCUUUUAACUAUGAACAAUGUAUAUAUGGUGAACACUUAUCUAUAGUAUAGCUUCCUUUUUAGUUUAGGUUGUAGUUGAUAAUUAAUACCCAUUGUGGGACUGUGUGUUAUACGACACACUAAUUGUUUGAACAAUGUCAACACUUAUAAUUAUCUAGUAGCUAGCUUCUUGAAUUAAUAUUGAUUUUGAAUUACUAGAAUUUUAUUUUUAGCUUUGGCUUUUGUAGUGUGUGUUUGCACUCUCCUAUUAUGAUGAUUACUAUUGACUUUA